UUGCCGUGGUAACGGCGGGCCUGGCGGCCAUGGAGGGCGGCGGGCGGCCCUCGGCCGCGCAGGCCGUGCUCUUGGCCGCCAGCAGCGCCAUCACCGCCCUGCUCUACUCCGUCUACCGGCAGAAGGCUCGCGUGGCCCGCGGGCUCGAGGGCGCCAGGAAAGUCCGGCUGGACGGGGACCUGCGGGCCGUGCUGCUGGAGGCGCCUGGACGCUGCGUGCCCUAUGCAGUCAUAGAAGGUGUGGUGCGGUCGGUGAAGGAGACCCUGAGCAGUCAGUUUGUGGAGAACUGCAAGGGGGUGGUUCAGAGGCUGACGCUGCAGGAGCACAAGAUGGUGUGGAACAGAACCACCCACCUCUGGAAUGACUAUGAGAAGAUCAUCCACCAGAGAACCAACACCACCCCCUUCGAGCUGGUCCCCGCCGAGGACGGCGCCGGCGUCACCGUGCGGGUGGUGAAGCCUCUGGAGGCCGCUGAGCUCAGCCUGGAGACGGUGUAUGAGAAAUUCCACCCCUCUGUCCAAUCCUUCACGGAUGUCAUCGGCCACUACAUCAGCGGGGAGCGUCCCAAGGGGAUCCAGGAGACGGAGCAGAUGCUGAAGGUGGGCACGGCCCUGACCGGGGUGGGAGAGCUGGUGCUGGACAACGCCACCAUCAAGCUGCAGCCCCCGAAGCAGGGCAUGCCUUACUACCUGAGCUCCCUGGAUUUCGAGUCCUUGCUGCAGAAACAAGAGUCCAGCGUCCGGUUUUGGAAAAUCCUGACCGUCGUUUUCGGCUUUGCCACCUGCGCCGUCCUCUUCUUCCUGCUGCGGAAGCAAUACCGGCACCACCGCGAGAGGCAGCACCUGCGGCAGAUGCAGGAGGAAUUCCGGCAGGCCCAGGAGCGCCUGAUGAACACGGAGGGCGGGGAGAUUCUCAAAAACGCCUGCGUGGUCUGCUUGAGCAGCACCAAAUCCUGCGUUUUCCUGGAGUGUGGCCACGUCUGCUCCUGCCACCAGUGCUACCAGGCACUUCCCGAGCCCAAAAAGUGCCCGAUCUGCAGGCAGGGCAUCACCAGGGUGGUUCCCUUGUACAACAGUUAAUUUUUUUGUGAUUCUCUGGCGGGGAGAUUCUGGAUUUAAAGCUGCUGCUGGCAAAGGGGUUUUGUCACCUUGGAUUUUGGGGAAGGGGAGGGAGCUUGAAGAAAGGGGUGCUUCAGCAGGGGGGCUGAAAAGGUGACUCUGCAGCUGCUCAGGGCUCACGCUGUGCUCAGGGGUGUUUUUGGGAGAUGAUUCCUUGCAGAGGGUGAGGUGCUCGGGGAGAGAUGCAGUUCGAGGCUCUUCUGUUAAGGUUUGGACUCCCAGGCUUUGUGUCAUGGUUACAGAGCCUGUGGCCCCUUACCCAGGUGAUAAAAACACGGGGGAAACAAAAAUAAAAUAUAUGAAGGGUUCUGAGAGGCUGCAGGGUUCCUGUGAGGCUGCCAGAGGGGGCUGCAAGGCCCAGCAGAGCAGGAGGGGCUGUCAGAGAGCUCAUACCAGGGGUUGUGAACUCAGGUAAUUCUGUGAUCCCCCCAAAAUGGCUUUGUCACAGCAGGAUGUGAGGAUGCUGUGGCUGAUGGCUGUGCUUGGCUUGGGACAGCAAACAGGGUGUGAAGUAAUAAAAUAAGAUGAAAAGCG